AUGAUUGUCAGACGAAAUGGAAACGUCACAGUUCUAACAAACGUUUGUGGCAAUAGAGCAGACUCUAAUCACGACGAAGAUGAUGGUAAUCAUUUUAGAAUGAAUCAUGUUAUUUACAGUAUGAGACCAAGCUUGUUCAAUAAGGACAAGAUUGAAGUCACACUCAUGAAUAAGAGCGACUGGCUGCAUUUACAAAAUCAGAAAGAAACUCAAAGGAAGACACCUCAAACACCUAGAAAAGCCCUGGAUUGCAGUAACUUGGAUGAAAAAAAGGAAACACCAAUGAACAGACUAUCCAAACUACAAAAGAGAAAAUCUACUGGAUCUUCAGGAGAUUUGCAAAAACUAGAGGAAGUAGCAAUUGAAAAAGAAAAACAACAAACUAUACCGUCUCAAUCUCCUGGAUGGAGACGAUUUUUCCAAAAGAAGGAAUCCAACGCUCAGUCACCUGCCACAACACAGAAAGACACACAAUCCCCUUCGUCUUCGUUCACGCAGCUGAAUAGAACCAAUUCAUCAACAAGCUCCUCACAAAUGAGAGAUAGAAGUACUUCAAUGAGAGAUCUUUUCAUUACUUUUAAUGAUGGUGAAGACUUUGAAAACUCAGUGUAUCAAGCUAUGGAAGACCGCAAACUUUACAACAUUGACAAGGAAGAAUUUGAUCUAGUCAUUGGAGCCGAUGGUAUUCACAGUCAAACAAGAGCUCUUAUAUUUGGUGAUGAAAGUAACUUUAAGCACUUUUUGGGUGUGGGAUACUUUUCGUUUAUUGUAGACUUGAUUACCUGUGACGACGACAUGCAACAACUCAGUGAAAAAUAUUGGAGCUGUGUUUAUGGAGAUGCUAAAAAAUCAUCAACAGAUUCGUUUGAUCCAUCACAAGCUAGUUCAAUUCCUGGUUAG